AAAUGUGAGGGAUCGCCGUGGAGCGCCCUGUGAAUCUCUAACAAGUAAUUCCUGGCUGUGCUCUUCCUGCCUUGCUCCGUGCCUGGGUCACAUCGCUCCCUGCCUGGUCCCGUGGGCUGUCAGAGCCCGCGGAGUAGCGAGCACAGUCGGGAUGUAGCAUGCAGGAGCGUGCGGCGGGAGCGGCGCCCAGGGACACAGGCGGGGGCUAUGGCUUCCUUUGGGAAGCUGACGGAAUACUUCAGCCUGAGGAAGUCGAGGACGGAGCUGCGCUCAGGGCGGCGCGGCCGGCGGAGCGGGAGCUGCUGCUGUAGUGGCCUGGAGUGCAGGUCUCUGGACAGGAAGCUGCAGCGGCCGCUGCUGGGGAAGUCCCGUACACUGCCCAGCAUCCCGCAGUCCCCGGUCCUGAGCAGACUUCCCCUCCUUGACCCUGCCGUAUACAGGGAGGAGAUGCCAGAACAGAAGCCCUACAAGAAACACUCAACCCCUGACCCCCAGAAGGGCUGCACAGUCCCUUCUGCUGGGGAGGCCUGGCGGCUCGAGGAUGACUGUAUGGACCCCCACCAGGAUGCCCAGCUCAGCACAGCCGUGGAGGAUGCCCCAUUCAGCUACUUCCGUACCCGCUCCUUCUACAUGAGGAAGAGUCUGUCAGUGGACAACCACCUUGGCUCCCUCAGCUAUGCUGUCCACCCAGCUGAGACCAAGGCCGAGCGUGUCAAGACCAAACUACGGCGGCAGUUUAGCCUGGGAUCAGCAGACAAGAAGGACUUUUACCAGCCAAAGUCGGAAAGCAGCCUCUCUAGAUUUGCCCACCGCUUGUCGGUGAAGCAGAAGCAGGAGAAGAGAAGGAAAGCUGAGUAUGCCUCGGCUGAGCUGUCUGCCUUCCGGCCCAGGUCUCUGAGCAUUGAAUGGUCAUCCUCCCCUAAAAUGACGCAGCAGAUGCGGGACCUGCAGCUGGCUCAGGCCAGAAAGCCUCCGGGCCCUUCCUCACCCAACGCAGCCAAGAGGCUCUACCGAAACCUGUCAGGGAAAUUCCGUGUCAACUACACGUCCUUUGACGAGGGCAGCCUGGCGGGACGGGGUGAGAAGGAGAAGCUCCGCAAGUCCUACCUGUUCCAGAGCAAUGCUGCCCUUUUCGAAGCUGUGGAGCUACAGGACCAAGACAGGGUCCAGGAGCUGCUGAAGCAGUACAGCCCCGAAGAGCUGGACCUAAACACCCCCAACAGUGAGGGGUUACUGCCCCUGGACAUCGCCAUCAUGACCAACAAUGUUCCCAUUGCCAGGGCCCUGCUGCAGGCGGGAGCAAAGGAGAGCCCACACUUCGUGAGCCUGGAGAGCCGCUCACUGCACCUCUCCACGCUGGUGCGGGAAGCAGAGCAGCGCGUCAAUGAGCUGACGGCACAGGUGGUGAAUGAGGCACCCAACACUGACUGCUCCAACAAGGAGAAGCAGCUCAAGGCCUGGGAGUGGCGAUACCGGCUUUACAAGCGCAUGAAGGCAGGGUUUGAGCAUGCCCGAGUGCCAGAUGCCCCCUCCAACGUCCACCUCUCUGUGGCCAGCAGCUCAUCGGUGCAGGUGAACUUUGGGGAGCCCCUAAGCUUCAACUCAGCUGUUGUCACCAAGUACAAAGUGGAGUGGAGCUGCUUCCCCACCUUCUCACCACUGCUGGGGGAGGCCGUGAUCGACAAGUUGAAGAACCUGCACUUCACCAUACAGGGGCUGGUGUCGGGCACAGCUUACUACGUCCAGGUGUCUGCCUACAACAUGAAGGGCUGGGGUCCCCCGCAAGCCUCCGUGCCCCCUUUUGCCAUCCCUUCUAACUGGCGGGAGUACGAUGGCCGGGCCCCACGGCGAAGGGGACAGGCUGAAGCUCUGGAUCAUCUACUGGGGCAGGUGAAGACUGUCCACCAGCACUGCCUGUGCCAUGAGCCCUGCAAGAACCAGCCCCAGAGCAGGAAACACUCGGUCUCCAAGAGCCUCAAGCACCUCUUCCAUCCUGGCAGCAAGUUCCUCAAGACGCUGAAGCGGGGCCUCUACCUGACAACCAUCUUCUACAAGGAUGACAACAUCCUGGUGACCCAUGAAGACCAGAUCCCUGUGGUGGAGAUUGAUGACACCUACUCCUGCCUGCUCAUGCAGGAUUUUCUCUGGUUCACCAAGGUGGCAUGUAUGUGGGAUGAGAUCCUGUGGCUGCGGCAGUGUGUCACCGUCUCCCAGUCAUCCUGCUCCUGCAUCCUGCAGACACGCUUCAAGAUGCUGCUGGCCAUCUCUCAAAUGCAGGGGCUGCUGGGUAUCCAGGACCUGGGGCAGGUCUUCUUUGAGCCUGUCAAAGACAAACAGGGCAAUAUCCUCAUCGUCACUCUGAAGGAGGUGAAGACCAACCAGACCUUCGAGAGUGUCCGCUGGGUUCCCAUCUGCAAGCUGCAGAGCAGUCGCAAGUCUGUGUCCUCCCCGGAGGAGCCCACUGCUCUGGACAUGCUGCUGAUCUCCAUCCAGGACAAGCUGGCUUACCACCAGCGGAGCAGCCAUGCCCUCUCCCCGGGCCUCUACUUGGGCUACUUGAAGCUCUGCAGUGCCGUGGAUCAGAUCCGAGUGCUGGUGCCAGAGCAACUCCCUAACAUCCUGUGCCACGUCAAGAUUCGCUCUAAUCCCAACAUCUCCAGGGAGGAGUGGGAAUGGCUGCAGAAGAUGGUUGGCGUGGAGGAGCCUGUUCCUGCAGAACCAGAGGCUGAGACCUCCCAGAACCACUUGUUUCAGGAGCUCCAAGUGGCCAUCAAGGAGCUGAUGACCCUGGUGAACAUCCCGUUGCAAGAGGCCAAAGAUUUCCGUCUGUACAGCCAAGAAGUGCUGGACUUCGGGGGCCAGGUCUCCUUCCUGCUGCUGCUGCCUCCGUCAGAUGACGUCUGCACCGCCCCAGGCCAGAACAACCCCUACACCCCUCGCUCUGGCUUCCUCACGCUGCCACUGCAGAUCUUCGAGUUAGUCCACUUCUUCACAUACGACCAGGAGUUCAUCACCCAGUACUGUCAGGUAUCUGCGCUCUUGGAGCUGGAGUCGCUCCUCUCUCAGCAGAGCCUCAGAGAAGCCUUCUCCGAUGCCGAGCUCUCCACCGCAAAGCAGAGGCACCAGCAGGUUCAGGACUAUAUUCAGCAAAUGGAGGAGAUCUGGCGCGAGAUGCGCUGGAUUAUGGAUGCCCUGCAACAUGCCCGGUACAAGCAGCCCUCCUGUGGGGUGUCUCUUAGUGGCUUCCUCAGUGAGGCUGGAGGUGCAAUGAAGGAGAAAGCCCAGUCCACCUCAUCCCACCUCGAGUACCUCACCUCCCCGGCACCCUCACCAGAGACCAACCGUAAGCUCAACUCUGACUCACAUGGGCUGUCAGAUGAGGAGGGCUCCUCGGAGGUGUUCCUGGCUACUGACAGUGACUACGACUCCAGCAGGGCACAGAGCCCGAAGGAGCUUGAUCUGGUAUACUCCUCCUUGGGGCCCGAGUGCUGUGGCAGGAGGGAUGCCUGCACCCUGCAGGACAGCGCCCCGGACGUCCUGCAAAACCAUGAGCUCAAGACCCCCCUACCACUGCCACCACCACUGGAGGAGCCCCAGCCACCCCCUGAUCUCUAUGACAGUGACUUCGUGCUGCCCAGCCGACAGAUCGAGCUGCUGCGCAUCACGGAGAAGCGGCAGGCGUAUUGUGUCCGAACCAGUAGCCUGGACUUCCCUAAACCGCUCUGCCAGGCAGCCAGGAAGUCCUGCCCUGGCUCUGUUGACAGCUCCCCAACGGAGAGCAGGACCACGGGCCACUGCAGCCAGCGCAAGCUGGGUGCUGCGCUGACACCCAGGCCCGAGUGCGGCCGCAGCACACAGGGCUCCCAGCCCAUCUUCCGGACGCGCUCGGCCGAGUGGACUCAGAACUUCCAGGAGCAGCUGGAGCAGCCUGGGUGCUUGGGUGAUCAAGGGAAGAAGCUGGGCUCUGUCACCUUGCGUGUCUGCCCUCAGUACGAGACUGGACUCUCCAAAGAGACCAGUGUCAAGCUACACAUCACCAGCCAGACGUCUGCUGGGGAGGUGGUGAAGCUGGUGGUGCUCGAGAUGAAUGAGAUGUCCCGCGGUGUUCUGGGUGACUCGGCCGCCUUCUGCUAUGGCGAGGAGCAGCUGGAGCACUUUGGACUGGUGUUUGCUUCCGAUGACAGUGAGAGGUGGCUUCCUGAUGACUUCUUGCCUCUGUUCCUCCAAACGACCCGGCCUGAGGGGCAGUUCUAUGUCCGGAUCAAGGAGACAUCCCCUCUGGUGCUCCAGUACGGGCCAGCGACCACUGUAUGAGAGCAGGACAGUUGGCCAGGCAGUUUGGGGACCUCAGCUUCCAGAGAGCAGACAGCUUGUCUCUGAUUCUUCCUUCUUCCACAGACACCCUCUCAUCAGGCGUCGAGGGGUGGAUGGGAUCAUACUGGGCUGUGUGUUAUUUGUUUGUGUUAUUUUAUUAUUUUUUUUUUAACCAAAGAGACAUCAAGACUCAGUUUUUCUGACUGCAGAAGAGGAGGGUGGAGCGCGAAGACCUCAGAGCCCGGGAGGAAUCUCUGCAGGAAUGGAAUUUCUGAAAGUAAACAUUUUUAAGGGGAAAGGAAGGGGAGAGAGAGAGGAAAAAAGUAUGACAAGAAAAAGCAGCAAUACCUUUUUUUCUUUCUUCUUUUUCUGAAAAGGCUUGUUGGGGAUUCACUGAAGGCAAAGCCACAGAGGGUUGCUGGGGAGGGUUGUGGUGCCAGCGAGGAGUGGGCAGGAGUCCCAAGGACAGGACUGAGAAGGGUGUUUUCCCAUCUGCCCUCCUUUCACUGUACCUGAAGAAACAAUCCUUGCACAUAGUUCUUAGGAUAAUUUUUUUUUUCUGUGAAGAUAAGUUUAUAAUCAUUGUGCUGGAGAUACUGGAGUUGUGUAGGAGGUGAAGACCCUUUGACUUGUUCUAAAGGCAGCUGGCCCCAUGCACACACAGGUGUGCACACAGGCAUGUCGAUACCACGUUUGCUAUAGGGCAUCAUCUCCUGCAGCACCCUGCACACCACCCUGGGGUUUCCUUGCCUCCUCAGUUGCUAUUUUGUUCUGGUAAUUGUGCUUGGCCUCUCUUGUAUGUCCUAUAGCAUGACGUUUUGUUAGCUGCUAGGUCUCUUGUUAACCAGGUUAUUUUUCUGAUCUUAUGUGGUCCAUAGUAAAGAAAGAUGACUGCUGCUGACUGCGUAGCACUGUUCCUUCUUGUGGCUUGAUGGGUAGCUUUCCUUCAUCCCCCAGACUGGUCCUGUCAAGAGCCGGGCUUACCUUUUCCAUGAGCAUUUUGUGGAUGCUCUCAGUAGAGGCUUACAUUAACACCCCAAUCCCAUGUGUGACAGCAAAUUGCAAGUUAAAUUUUUUUUUUUCUGAGCUGUGUUGCUCUGUAAGGCAGUAAAAUAAGUUGGGUAUGCAAAGGCAGACACCUCCAUGUGGUGUUGGACACACAAUGGUCGGAGGCCCUGAGCAUCUGCAGUGAAGUGCAUGAAGACCCCAAGGGAAGAACACCAGUAGAGAGUAGAAGGCAGCGAGAGCUCACAACUCUAUUGCCACUGGCACAAACACUUCCAAGCAAGGUGCAGGGCUUGUGGCCCUUGGUGAGGUGAGACCUGUGUUGUUGAUGCCCCUUUAGCAGCCACCUCACUCUCCUUCUCUUUAUGUGAAGGGGUUUGGAGUGGGCAGCAGACCCCGUUGCAGAGUGCCCGGGUGAAGGUCCAUCAUUUCUCACCUUGCUGCAGUGCAGGCAGGGAUAUAUCCCAGCACAAGCCCUUCUCUACCCCAUGUCAGAGGCACUUAUAGGGGAGGAUUGUGUGCCAGCCCCUCAGCUGGUGCAAGUCAGCUGCACUGCAUCAAACUCAGUCAUAAGUGACACCACCAUGUGAUGCAGAGGUGAGAGGCAAAGGAACAUUUAAAAAGGCACUUCUCCCAUCUCCUUUGCCCUUCACUUGUCUCCUGCCUCAAGUUCAAACCAAUCCCACUUUUCCAGGUCAAGGAAAAAGUAGGUUAUGAGUGCGGAGGUUCCCCUUGUUUGGCAUCAGUGGGCAUCAACGUUCUGAAGAGGCAGGAGCCCUUCCCUAUCAAAAGCCUGUUCAUAUGCAUCACCUACUGAUGAUCAGAGCCUGGGGCAGAGGAGAGGGAAGGCACAACUGGUGGAAAACUAUUAUGUGGUUUUCUGGAAGUCACAGGGUGAAUUCAGUAUUAGAGCAGGGUUAUGAACUGAAAACUACAUCUGUGUUCCUGAUGCUCUGGAGCAUGGAUCCAUGCAGCUCUUGCUGCGCUUUUAUUUUACCUCAGAGGGGAAAAAGACCUCCUCUUAUGCAAUUGUUCUAUUCUCCUAGAAGCCAUUGAGACAGAUGAACCUGUGACCCCAAGCUGGGUGCUGACUCUUUGGCUGGGGUGGACAUGGGCAAACUUUGCAGCUAGACCUGGUUCCCCACAUUUCUCUAUGCAGAGCCCUCAACCAGGGAGGAUCUUUCUGGCUGGACAGUGCUUUUCUGCAGGAGUUUCUCUGGCUGCAUAGUAGGAUGUAUCACUUGGCUGCCAGGAACAAAAGCAGUACAUGGUUCCAUGGGACCUCGUCCCCUCUCCUGGAAGAGGAAGAGGGAAAGAGCAGAGGUCUGGGGAGAAGCAGGGUUGGAGGAAGUCAGAAUGGGAAGGGUAGAAGUUGCAUAGCAGUUGUGUAGGAAACCCCUCUACGAGUAGCACUGGGACCUGUGAUGUCCUGAUAGAAGCCUCACCCCUUCACCAAGCACAUCUUCAGCAUUGUGAGGUAGACUUCAUGGACACAUCUGUCCUACGCUGGUAAAUGGUGCAUGAUGAGGUGGCACUACCAUGAAGAGCAGAGCAAAGAGGGAGUUGGGAAGAAGAGGGAUUUCUGGGGCAGUCUCUGGUGCGCAAUGUUUCUUGAAGAAUGGCACUUGCAAGGUGGUUUCAUCUUUUCAGAGAAUCAUAGAAUCGUGUAAUGGUUUGAGUUGGAAGGGACCCUAAAGCAGCUUUUUUGUAGCCCCCCUGAGGUACUGGAAGAUUGCUUUCACAUUCUCCUUCUCUCCUUGGAUGCCUUCAUGGGCACAUUCCACUGUUUUCUUUCCAACAGGUCUUGAAGUCUUCACUCUCCUGCCCUUCCCCAUAGCCAAGGAGCAAGAUCAGAAACUAUGUAGGCUCUGUAUGUGGCAGUCUCUAAGGCUAUCACUUCAGUGCUAAGGGCUGUGGGGAGCCUAUGUGGCUCCUUGAACCAGCCUGGAGUCAUAAGCUGUUUACAUGAAGGUUGGUUUUUAAUAUUUGAAGACUAUGUCAUGCAUGCUCUGGUGUUACAGCUGACUGGGGUUUAGUGGCUCAAGGCCCUAAGGGGCACUGAGGCUCUGAGUUAGGUGGAUCACGCUCUGAUCUCACCACCCUGUGCCUCAGCUGCUCUCUGUUCCCUUCUUUCUCCAACCCAAAGCCAUGCAUCUGACAGCAAGUGGCCCAAGCAAGGCUGGCACAGGGCUGACAACCACCCACCAGCUUCAUGAUGGCUCUCUGAGCAAUGGCACAGCAUGACAAGGUGUGUUGUCAGGCGAGGAGAAGCCAGGGCUGUCCUCAGCAGCGCAAAGACUGACAGCAUUUGCCCUGGACUCCUCACACUGGUGGCAGAGGUUUGAUAAAGGGGCUUUCUCAGUGAGGACCUAGCCUGGCACUCACUGGCAUGUGCACCAUGGCACAGGUGUUGGAGGAAGAUCCCCAGAGCCUCAGCCCUGCUCCCUUCUGGCAUGGCAAAGCAAUGGAGCUGGAACUGAAAGAGGCAUCAUUUUUCUUGGAGCACUCCCUUUUCUGCAGUACACCCAGGGCCAGGUGAGCACCUCCAGCAUGCAACCACCCCCUCCGAAUGGCCCCAGACACCCUGCACAACAGCUGUACCACAUACCCACCUAACCCAGACAACCCCGCAUCCUGGUAGAUGGGGCAUCCUUGAAAACCUCAUCUGGGUAUCAACUUGUUCAGUCUAUCAACCAGAUCUCCUCCCUCCAUUUGGAGGUAGACCCAGUCCAGAGGUUCAGCAGGAGAAAACUGGCACACUUCCAUGAAGGUGAAUGGAUGCAUUAAUGUUCCUCAUCAGAAGAGACAUGCCUGCAUGGCGUUUUGCUCACAUUGUAUGAUUUCAUCAUAAACCUGAACUGGGACACUGAAUUUCCUCCCCAAAAUCAGGAGCUUGUUGGCAUCACUUCUAAAGCAUCUGCAGUUCUCUUCUCACAUCCAAAGGGAGUUGCUCAGUUUAUCAGA